AUGACUGAGUGGCCCGUUAAUCGAGUUCGACAGGAGUUCCUGAACUUCUUUGAACAGCGUAACCACACUUUCGUUCCGUCAAGUCCUGUGGUUCCUCUCAAUGAUCCAACUCUACUGUUCAUUAAUGCAGGUAUGAAUCAGUUCAAGAACCUUUUCCUUGGUACAGCAGAUCCCAAUACGGACUAUGGCCGCCUUGCCCGUGCGGCAAACUCACAACUUUGCAUUCGAGCAGGAGGUAAACACAAUGAUCUUGAAGAUGUUGGCCGAGACACAUACCAUCAUACCUUUUUUGAGAUGCUUGGUUCAUGGUCCUUUGGCGACUAUUUCAAGCGUGAUGCGAUCAAAUGGGCAUGGGAGCUACUGACAGAGGUUUACAAACUUCCAAAGGAUCGUCUGUACGUAACAUAUUUUGAAGGGGAUCCAGCAAAUGGAAUACCUGCAGAUGAGGAAGCGAAACAAAUAUGGCUAGAACUUGUGCCACCAGAACAAGUUAUUCCUGGAAAUGCAAAGGAUAACUUCUGGGAGAUGGGUGAGGUUGGCCCCUGUGGACCUUGCUCAGAAGUACACUUUGAUCGUAUCGGUGGACGUAAUGCUGCUGCACUAGUAAAUAAGGACGAUCCAAUGGUAAUUGAAAUUUGGAACCUUGUGUUCAUGCAGUUUGAACGUCGUGAAGGUGGUGUACUUGUACCAUUACCAAAAGCACAUGUGGAUACUGGUAUGGGCCUUGAACGGUUAACAUCCAUCAUGCAAGGAGUUCACUCAAACUAUGAUACUGAUGCCUGGACACCACUGUUUGAGGCUAUUCAAAAAGUUACAGAGUUCCCCAAGUCUUAUGCUGAAAUCCGUGAUGAUACUAAUUCUGACGCUACUAUAGCUUACCGUGUAGUAGCUGAUCAUAUUCGUUGUCUCACUGUUUCAUUGGGUGAUGGUGCCAUGCCAGAUUCUGUAGGCCGUGGUUUUGUCUUACGCCGUAUUAUUCGUCGUGCUGUGCGCUACGGUGUGCAAUUUCUUGGUGCUAAAGUAGGUUUCUUCAGCCAACUUGUGGACGCAGUUGUGGCGUCAUUGGGACCUUUCUUUACACACUUGCAGGAUCCUCGUACAGUGCAGCGUAUUAAAACAGUACUCGCGGAUGAGGAGACUUCCUUUGCCAAGACAUGGGAAACAGGACUUAAACAUUUUAAUAAAGCCGUUGCUGAGGCGACUAAUAAUACCAUAAGUGGUGAAAACGCCUUUAUUCUACAUGAUCGUUACGGUUUUCCUGUUGACUUAACAUGUUUGUUGGCAGAGAAGGCAAAUAUGCGAGUGAAUUUGGAUGAUUUCCACGCUACAAUGAAGGCAAGUCAGCAGAGUUCAGGUCGUGUAGCUGCGGCAAAGACAUUUAUAGACGUACACCAAGUAGAAGAACUUAAGAGUAAAGAUAUUCCUUUAACUAAUGACACUACAAAGUAUGUCUGGGAAGAUAGUACAUCAGAAGUGGUGGCCAUCUUUGACAAGAAAAAUGGUUGCUUCGUAGACAUGUUACUACCUGGUGAAGGUGGUGAAGAGGAUUUUGGUAUUAUAUUGGAUUCCACAAACUUCUAUGCAGAGUCUGGUGGUCAAAUUUAUGAUACAGGUCGUAUAGUUGCUGCCGCUGAUGCUAUAUUUAACGUGAAAAAGGUAUAUAAUAUUGGUGGUUACGUGGUUCAUGUGGGUAAUAUGGAGAAAACAUCAUCUCCUCCUGUUCCCAUUCCUCUUACAGCAGCAGUGGAAUUGCAGGUAAACUACAAGCGACGUUUGCCUAUUGCAGCAAACCAUACUUCGACACAUGUCCUCAAUUGGUGUUUGCGACGUGUACUUGAGGAAGAGACACCAACAAACUAUAUGGAAGUACAACAGAAGGGUUCACUCGUUACAGAUGAGAUGCUACGCUUUGACUUUAGUUAUAAUGGAAAAGUUAGCCAAGAGGAUCUUAUCAAGAUUGAAAAUCUUCUUAAUGAGAAGAUUAAAGAGAAUCUUGUGGUAUAUCGCAGAGAAGUGCCACUCGAGAGUGCAAAACGCAUUGAAGGAUUACGUCAAAUGUUUGGUGAGAAGUAUCCAGAUCCUGUCAGUGUUAUCUCUGUUGGUGUACCCAUUGAAGACCUCAUUACGAACCCUGAAAAUCCUGAGUGGCGUGCUUUUGCCAUUGAGUUCUGUGGAGGUACACACUUAUCAAACUUGAAGGAGGCUGAACUCGCUGUUAUUAUCUCAGAAGAGGCACUCAUGAAAGGUGUACGUCGUCUUGUUGUUGUGACGCGCGAAGCUGCAGAGAAAGCCCAUGCGGAAGGAGAAUUACUGCAACAGGAGUACAGUGAAAUAUUAGCCAAUGAGGGAGUUGCAACUGUUGCGAAAAGGCUCUCAGUACUCAAUAAGAAGGUUGGCGACAGCUCCAUUCCGCUGACGCUGAAAAAUAUACUUCGUGAGAAGAUAGAUGGCAGUAUUAAGACAGCACACGCCAAUGCCAAAGCUAUGGCCGCACAACUGAAGGAAAAGGCCACUGCAGCGGGACGUGCAGCAGGAGAGUCAUAUGAUGCAGCGACCAAUCCAUUUCUUGUGCAGCGCCUUACAGAGUAUGGGGCCGACCGUGAGGCUUUGCAGGCGUACAUUGAGGGUUUUAAGAGUGCCGUAAAGGGUGAUGUUGGUCUCUUUCUAAUUGGUGUUGGAGAUGCCGUAGCUAUUGCGUUGGUGGAUCUUCCAGCGGCGUUUACAUCACGUAAGUUGAGUGCUGUUGACUGGGCAAAGGCGGCAGUGGGCAAAGGUGGCGGCAAACCACAUUCUGCCCAAUCAGGAUUUGCUCUUGCAGAUGUUGAGAAGGUAUUUGAAAAGGCAGUGGCAGCGGUGGAUAAGAUGAAGAGUAUGCUGUGA